CUAAACCAAGUGGCUUAGAAAUGUGAAGUGAUGUCGCUGUUCCCAGACCCCCCUCACUGUGGUGGACUCGCUCUGUGAGGCAGUGCAGCACUCAGACAGCUCUGAUGGCAGAGUGGAGCAGGUGGACUGUGCAAGCGGAGAAACCAACAUCACCUGUUUGGGAAAUCUAGAGCAACAAAGGACAAAAAAAAGAAGGAGGAGCAGAGUCAUUGGAAAGCUGAGGUCUCGCUGUAUCUACCCACCCCUGCUCUCUCUCUCAUAUGCACACACACAGACACACUGUCCCCUUGCCUCUCCCUUCUUCCCUCCCUGUUUGUCUCCUCCACUCUCCGAUGCUGGUGUGGUGAACAGCAGGACACUCUGCUAAGCUGCAUGGAGGCACAGGGAGGGGCAGGGAGCCCAGAGCCCAAUAAAGACAUCCAGAAGCUGCUGAAGCCCUCCAGCUCAGGCGACCUAUCCAAGGAGUUGUUCCAGCACACAGCAGGGGAGGAGGAGGGCAGCCUGUCAGGGCACACCGCUAGCCUGCUGCACAUCACUGAGAAGAGACAACCAUUGAGUAGUGUAUCUUCUUUAGAGGUGCACUUUGACCUCCUGGAUCUGACUGAGCUGACUGACAUGUCUGACCAGGAACUGGCUGAAGUCUUUGCUGACUCUGAUGAGGAAAACCACAACGAGUUCCCAGCAGCUUCCCAGCAGCCUGUGCUGCCCAGAGGUGGGUACAUGCGCUCCCCCUCAUGGACACGCUGCAGCAAAGUCGAAUCCCCACGAGAGAGAAAACACCACAGCGACUCAGACACCGCAGAGCCCUUAAUGAAGCUGGAAAGGCCGAAGCAGCCGUGAUGUCUGAUGUGAAACCGCCGGACCGCAGAGAGAGAAAUCCCAGAGCCAGACAGACACAGCCAGAAUGGGAACACAAAGCGGACCAAGAGGCCCCCCCAUCUACCACCGUCCACUCACAUAAUGUUUCAUGGUGCUGAAUAGAUGAGUUCAAAUUGAACUCUGGACACUGUGCUCUGUACUCUAACUAAAGAUGUUGAGAUGUGCAAUACACACUCUCCUUCUCUCUCCCUUCCCUCUCUUUCUUUCUCUCUCACACACACAAACACACACAGUCAUUGUGUUGUUCAUGCAAGGGGUUAUCAAUGCACUCUGGGCUGCCAGAAGAUUUUCAGUUUUGUUUUCAAUGAUAAGACAGGGUAGGAGGUCAGCAGAGUAACAGGACCUCCAUCCUUACAGUCUCUCAGGGUGGGAGAUAGUUGCUGGACAUUGAGAUUGGCACUAAAAGUUGUGUCCACAGCGUGAGGCAAGACCUUCCAUGUGAAGUUCAGACUCUGGGAUUCACAUUGAACUACCGGGACAUGAGCCGAAACAUUAAUCGAUAACGUUUUUUCAAAUAAAAUAUCACACCCAGGCUGUUACUUCAUGUGCUGCUUGAAAAUGUUGACAGGGUUUUCUGUUGCCAGUAAAUAAGGUAACUUGAAUAGUAGGUUUCAUUGAGGCCAAGUUCUAUUCAUCAGACCUUCUCCAUCUUAAUAAAGAAUGUGUGUCGUUAUUUUAAAUGCCUAAAAAAAAACAUUGCACUUCUCUCACCUAACUGUAUUUACAGUGCCCUCCAGAAUUAUUGGCAUUUGGUGCAGAUGACUAAAAAGAUAAACAGACCAAGUAGCAGCUUGGACUUUUUAAUACUGAAGUUACUUUUUUUUUUCAAACAUUUGUUUAGAUUAACUUUUUUCUAUUUUCCUUUUCAUUUUGAAAACGAUGGCUGCCACAAUCACUGCUGCUAAUCUAACUGAAGUUGGUAAUCCAAAGCUGGUAGUCAAAUUCCAUUAGGAGACAUGCAUGAACUAGAUGGGUAAUACUUGGAGCACUUAGAAAUGAAGGUAGGGUUGCACCAUAGCCAGGAGAAUUUGCAUGAAUGCCAAAAAUACAACAAAGUGCCAACAAUUUUGUAAUCAUCUUUUAUAAGAUGAAUUUAACUUAUGAUGCAAUAUUUCUCAUCUUUCUAAGCAAAGGGAACAGCUGAUUUCUUGAUUUAUUUAUCUCAUGUUAAGCUUGUCUAUACCAGGAGUGCCAAUAAUUCUGAAUGCUGUGACACGAUGGAUCAAAAGUGACACUGGGAAGGUAGAGGAAUAAAUAAAAGCCUUGAAAAAGUUUGUUUGUGUGGUUUAUCAAGUUACAACAGUGUGGAGGAGUCAAAUUCUAUAAUGUGUGGCAUACACAGUGCACACCUUAUUACAUUACAGUAUUUAUUUACUACAAUUAUAGUCUCCUUUAUAUGAAAUAUCAAUGGUGCACUAUCAGUGAUGUGGCACAGUUGAAUGGGACAAGCUGCAAAAACUAUAUUGGAUUCAUAACAGAGUGGCAGUGGGUUUACAAUUGAUCUUGUGUUUCCUGUAGAUACCAAACCAAGCUUGUGCUAAAGAGUGUGCGUUAUUACAGAAGAACUGGUUUAUAAGCAGGUUUUGUUCAAUUUUU